GUCAGGGCGCUGCAGCCCCGAGCUGGGGAGACUGCGGGUUCGGUCUGCCGCGACUGCUGUGGUAGUGGCCCCACUGGCGGCUGGAGGUUGGACAGAAAUCCAGGUACUCAGUUGAUGUACUUUUGGGCGCCAUGGGGGAACUUUUCCGGAGCGAGGAGAUGACGUUGGCCCAGCUUUUUCUACAGUCAGAAGCUGCUUAUUGUUGCGUCAGUGAAUUAGGAGAACUUGGAAAGGUUCAGUUUCGUGAUUUAAAUCCAGAUGUGAAUGUCUUCCAACGGAAAUUUGUGAAUGAAGUUAGAAGAUGUGAAGAAAUGGAUCGAAAGCUUCGAUUUGUUGAGAAAGAGAUAAGAAAAGCUAAUAUUCCAAUUAUGGACACUGGUGAAAAUCCAGAGGUGCCCUUCCCCCGGGACAUGAUUGACUUAGAGGCUAAUUUUGAGAAGAUUGAAAAUGAACUGAAGGAAAUCAACACAAACCAGGAAGCUCUGAAGAGAAACUUCCUGGAACUAACUGAAUUAAAAUUUAUACUUCGCAAAACUCAGCAGUUUUUUGAUGAGGCUGAAUUGCAUCAUCAGCAGAUGGCGGAUCCAGACCUGUUGGAAGAGUCCUCAUCCCUCUUGGAGCCAAGUGAGCUGGGAAGAGGCACACCUUUAAGGCUUGGCUUCGUGGCUGGUGUGAUUAACCGGGAGCGCAUCCCAACUUUUGAGCGCAUGCUUUGGCGGGUGUGCCGGGGGAAUGUGUUCCUGCGACAGGCUGAAAUCGAGAACCCCCUGGAGGAUCCUGUGACUGGCGACUACGUGCACAAGUCUGUGUUCAUCAUUUUCUUCCAAGGCGACCAGCUGAAAAACAGAGUCAAGAAAAUCUGCGAAGGGUUCCGGGCCUCCCUCUAUCCCUGCCCUGAGACGCCCCAGGAGAGGAAGGAAAUGGCCUCUGGAGUUAACACCAGGAUUGAUGAUCUCCAAAUGGUUUUGAAUCAAACGGAGGAUCACCGCCAGAGGGUUCUGCAGGCAGCUGCUAAGAACAUCCGUGUCUGGUUCAUCAAAGUGCGGAAGAUGAAGGCCAUCUACCACACCCUGAACCUGUGCAACAUAGAUGUGACUCAGAAGUGUCUGAUUGCAGAGGUCUGGUGCCCUGUCACUGACCUGGACUCCAUCCAGUUUGCACUCAGAAGGGGCACGGAACACAGUGGUUCCACCGUGCCCUCCAUUUUGAACAGGAUGCAGACAAACCAGACUCCCCCAACCUAUAACAAAACAAACAAGUUCACGUAUGGCUUUCAGAACAUAGUAGAUGCUUAUGGAAUUGGAACUUACCGAGAGAUAAAUCCAGCUCCAUAUACCAUCAUCACUUUUCCCUUCCUAUUCGCUGUGAUGUUUGGGGACUUUGGACAUGGCAUUUUGAUGACCCUUUUUGCUGUAUGGAUGGUGUUAAGGGAGAGCCGGAUCCUCUCCCAGAAGAAUGAAAAUGAGAUGUUUAGCACUGUGUUCAGUGGACGGUACAUUAUUCUUCUGAUGGGUGUGUUCUCCAUCUACACUGGCCUCAUCUACAACGAUUGCUUCUCCAAGUCUCUUAAUAUCUUCGGAUCAUCCUGGAGCGUACGGCCUAUGUUUUUAUCUAACUGGACGGAAGAGACGCUUCGGGGGAACCCUGUGCUCCAGUUGAACCCAACUGUCCCUGGAGUUUUUGGUGGACCAUACCCUUUUGGCAUCGAUCCAAUUUGGAACAUUGCUACCAAUAAACUGACCUUCCUCAACUCCUUUAAGAUGAAGAUGUCUGUUAUCCUGGGCAUCGUCCACAUGAUGUUUGGGGUCAGCCUGAGCCUUUUCAACCACAUCUAUUUCAGGAAGCCUCUGAAUAUCUACUUUGGAUUUAUUCCUGAAAUAAUCUUCAUGACCUCUUUGUUUGGCUACUUGGUUAUCCUCAUUUUUUACAAGUGGACGGCCUAUGACGCUCACACAUCUGAGAAAGCACCAAGCCUUCUGAUCCAUUUCAUAAACAUGUUCCUCUUUUCCUAUGAGGACAUUGAAAAUUCAAUGCUAUAUUCUGGACAGAAAGGUAUUCAGUGUUUUCUGGUUGUGGUUGCGUUGCUCUGUGUACCAUGGAUGCUACUGUUUAAACCACUGAUCCUUCGCCAUCAAUAUUUGAGGAGGAAGCAUUUGGAAGGGCAACCUGUGGAGGCCCCAGUCAGCCCAACCCCGAGCCAACAGGGACUAGAGGCAGCAGCGGCUGCAACAGGAACUCUCAACUUUGGUGGGAUCAGGGUGGGCAACGGACCGACAGAGGAGGAUGCUGAGAUUAUUCAGCAUGACCAGCUCUCCACCCAUUCAGAAGAUGCAGAAGAGCCUACCGAGGACGAAGCGUUUGACUUUGGAGACACCAUGGUCCACCAGGCCAUCCACACCAUCGAGUACUGCCUGGGCUGCAUCUCCAACACCGCCUCCUACCUGCGGCUCUGGGCGCUCAGCCUCGCUCAUGCGCAGCUGUCGGAGGUGCUUUGGACCAUGGUGAUCCACAUUGGCCUGAGGGUGAAGAGCUUGGCGGGAAGCCUGGCGCUGUUCUUCAUCUUUGCCGCCUUUGCCACCCUGACCGUGGCCAUCCUCCUGAUCAUGGAGGGCCUGUCCGCCUUCCUGCACGCGCUGAGGCUGCACUGGGUCGAGUUCCAGAAUAAAUUCUACAGCGGUACCGGUUUCAAGUUCCUGCCCUUCUCCUUCGAGCACAUUCGGGAAGGGAAGUUUGACGAGUGAGCCCCUCGUGGGGCUGUGUGCCUGCCGCCCUUCCUCCCUCACUCCACGGUGAUUAGCUGUGCUCCUCCUGCGUGUUGGUUGUGAUCCCUGGAUUCUGGGGCAUUUGUGUCAUCCUUGCCACCCGCCCCCAGCCCCCUGUGCAUCAUUUAGGUAGACCUGGCCCUCCCUUCGGUUCCCUGCCACCUCAGCCUUGUGCGUUGUAGUGAUUUUCUAGAGAAGCUGAGCUCUGACAGCCACACCACUGGGCACCACCAGCCUUGCCCUCCCCCCCACCC